AUGGAUUCCAGAGAAAAUGACUAUUUCUCUUAUCUACCAGACGCCCUUCUGUUCGUAAUUGUCUCUUUUUUGCCAUUCAAAGAAGCCGUGAGAACCUCCGUGUUGUCAAGAAGGUGGCGUAGCAUUUGGUAUGCAGCCAAGAACAUAGAAUUUGACGAGAAAUUCUUCGUCAAGAACGGAGAAUCCGAUGAAAAUAAGGCCAUGCAGAGGAUGGCUUUUGUGACUUACAUUAAACACUGGAUGGAUAACUGUGUAGAGACAGAUUUACAUAGUUUUCGUCUUGCGUUUUCACAUUCAGAACACCAUCUGUCUCAAAUUCAAGACUGCAUUAGAUUUUGUGUUGAUCGAGAUGUGAAGGAACUUGAUCUUAAUUUUUCUGAUCCUACAUGGAAUGAAGAUGAUCUUGCGCAAAUCCCAGAAACAUUUCUUGAACUGUCUUCUCAUGAAUCACUCACAAGGAUUGAAUCUCUCAAGUUGUCUGCUUGCAAUUUCAGGGUUUUUCAAUUCGGCACACUUUCUACUCUGAAGAAUGUUUAUCUGGGAUGGAUUGAAUUUCCUGGUAGUUGCUUCAAUAACUUGAUGUCAACGUGUACAUCCCUAGAAAUUUUGAACUUGAAGAGAUGCUGGAACAUGGAAAAUUUUUAUAUUGAUUCAGAAAAAUUGAGAGUUUUUGUCAUGGAUAAAUGCUUGGGGCCUGAAGUGAUUAUUCUGAAUGCUCCAUUCUUGAGUUUCUUUCAAUAUUCCGGGCCGUCUGUUCAAUUGCAGAUUGAAUAUCAUUCGACAAUGGUGGAAGCAAUUCUUGAUUUCGGGCUUCAGACCGCAUAUAUUGAAGAGGGAGAAGGCGAUAUGCUCUAUAAUCUUCUCGCUGAAAUUUCUAGUGUUAGGGUUCUUACCAUUUGCAGUUAUAUGCUUCAGCUGAUAGUGACUGCGGGCGACCCGAUAACCCUAAAACCGGAACUCGAAAAUGUUAAGCAUCUAAUAUUGAAGACAAAGUUGCACAUAAAUGAAUUUUAUGGCAUUACAUUCUUUCUAAAAAGUUGUCCCAACUUGGAUAUUCUUACCAUCGAUUUAUGCGCUAGGACGAUUUUUCAGGAAUACGAGCCUCCUUUUAAAUUCGAGGAACAUCAAUUUUUGACUCGAUUUCAGUGCUUAAGAUAUAGAAGUAUGAUGUGCUUAAAGAUGGUGAAAGUGAAGGGAUUCAAGGGAGAGAUGAACGAACUCGUCGUCUUAGGUUAUUUGCUAAGAUUUGGUUCGGGUUUAAAGUAUCUGUCGAUCAGUCUAUCGAAGGAAAAAGGCCCUAACGGCAUUGACAUGGAAUCGACAUACAGACAAAAUGUACAACAGUUGACACAAUUUGAGACAGCCUCCCCUCAUCUGCAGAUAUAUUUGGUCACUGAGUGA